CAUUGUUACAUUUUGAGGUUAUAUUUACUUCAAUUAGGGAUUUUAUUCAAUUAUUUGUUUUAUUAAACAGUGUUUUGUGUAUAAUGUCGCCUUCAGAUGCUGUAGUGCAGGACCUUGACGAGAAACACGUCGAUUUGGUGGCGAAAUUUGUGUCAGACGUCCGAAAUGGGAAGAUUGAGGGAUCAAACAAUGUAGCCCUGGCCACAGUCACGCUUCUGGAGCAGAUCAUCAAUGAGUCUGAUAACACCACUGUCAUUGGCCUGUGCAGUCGCGUCCGGGCAGUAGGGCGGCUGGUGUCGCGCGCGCUGCCGCAGCAGCUCGGCGCCGCCAACAUGGCGCGCCGGGUGCUGCGCGCGCUGCGCGACGAGGCGCGCGCGGACGGCGACGCGUCGCUCGCGCGGCUAGUGCUCGCCGCGCCCAGGAGGAGCACCACGGCGAUGGCAGAGGAUCUUAGGGAGCCCGUGCGGGAACAUGUGGCUGAGUUACGCACAGAACUGGAAGGCACGGCCGCCGCCAUCAGCUCGCAGGCCAAGGAACACGUGCAGGCAGACGAGAUGAUCCUCACGUACGGAGCGAGCAAACUCACCGAGCGUUUCCUGCGUUCGGCGCGUCGGUACAGACUGCUACUGGCUGAAGGCACUGAUGUCGCUGAGUGUCACUUGAUGGCGGCGCGGCUGAGCGCGGCCGGGGUCCCGGUGACGGUGCUGGGCGCGGCCGCGGUGUGCGCCGUCAUGUCCCGCGUCAACAAGGUCGUAGUGAGUGUGGACGCAGCCCUGGCGGGCGGCGCGGCGCUCGGGGCGGCGGGGCUGCACGCCGUCACCGCGGCCGCCAAGCACUACGGGGUGCCAGUGGUGGCGCUGUGCGCGCUGCACGCGCUGAGCCCGCUGCACGCGCGCGACUCCGCGCACCUCAACUCGCUGCUCGCACCGCACGCGCUGCCCUACCAGAAGGCGGAAAGUGGACUGGCGCAUGUGUAUGCCCCGCGUUACGAUCUCAUCCCGGCUGACAACGUCACUCUGUAUAUCACCAAUCUCGGAGGCAGCUCGCCGUCGUAUAUAUACAGGCUGCUCUCAGAGCUGUACGAUCCUAACGACUACACCCUAUUGUCAAAGGCAGAUGUUGAAGCGCUGCAGCAAGGAGGUCGCAAUUGGAUACAAGUAUUUUCUUGCGGAUCUGAGUGGUGGAGUGUUGCGGCGCAAAUCGAUAUCGGAAGUGAUGGCGCAGCAGACAUGAGUCAGGGAGGUUCACGGAGGCCUUACUCGCGCGGGGGCCCUCGCUGGCACCCGCGGUACAAGGAUUACUGGGAUUACGAGCAAAACUACAGUGAUGGCAGCAGUGCCGGCAGCCCUAAGGAAGCUUGCGCGGCGCAGUCCCCGCCGCCGCACGGUCCGCACGUGCCGCACGGUCCGCACGUGCCGCACGGUCCGCACGGGCCGCACGCGCACGGCCCGCACGGCCCGCACCCGCAUGCGCCCCAUGCGCCGGGCAAGCGGGAGAACCGGCCUGAACCGAGGAGACUUAGCAUCGGGGGCGGCGCCGGCGGCUCGCGGCGCGCCGCGCCCGCCGAGCGACGCAGAUCAGAGUUGCGCCUGAGCCCGGGCGCGGGCCCCUCCGCCGACCCGCACCCGCCGCACCACCACCUCCCGCACCAUCAUCAUAUGGACACAAAUCCCCUGGAGGGUGCCGCGGAAGGCAGCGGCGUGGGCUCGUCCGACGGCGAGCUGUCCUCCAAGCCCGGAGACAGCCCCAGCAGGAAGCGGAGGCGCAUCUCCCGGCAUCGCCCUUCAGGUGAAAGCAACGUAUCAGUUCCCGCGCCGGCGGCGGAGCGCCGGGCCCCGCGUCAUCAUUACCAGCCCCCUCGGCGGAUGCGGUACCUCAGCGGCGGGGGCGGCGGCCUGUGGCGCGAGCGAGUGCUGGAGCCUCACCAGCACCAGCACCAGCACCAGCACCAUGCGCCGCUAUUACUGGAUAUGAACCAGAUGUCCCUCCGCGGCGCGCGGCUCAGCGCGCUGGGCGGCGGCGUGGGCUGGCCGCACGCGCACCAUCCCCACCCCCAUCCGCACCCGCAUCCGCAUCCUCAUCCGCAGCACCAGCAUCAGCACCAUCCGCAUCCGCAUCAGCACCCGCACCGGGACCGGCCUCAGAUGGGCGGCGUGUACGCGGGGCUGCAGUACCCACCGCGCGGGCCCUUCGCGUCUCCGCCGCACUACAUGUCUCACACGCAGCGGGCUGAGGGCGGGCGGUUGGAGCUCGCGCACGGCGGCGACGGCGCGCUGUCCCCGCUGCAGCCCACCCCGGACCUGCACCACGCUCCCCUGUUGUUACACACAGAGCGGGCUGAGGGCGGGCGGUUGGAGCUCGCGCACGGCGGCGACGGCGCGCUGUCCCCGCUGCAGCCCACCCCGGACCUGCACCACCGGGCUGAGGGCGGGCGGUUGGAGCUCGCGCACGGCGGCGACGGCGCGCUGUCCCCGCUGCAGCCCACCCCGGACCUGCACCACGCCCCCCUGUUGUUACACACAGAGCGGGCUGAGGGCGGGCGGUUGGAGCUCGCGCACGGCGGCGACGGCGCGCUGUCCCCGCUGCAGCCCACCCCGGACCUGCACCACGCUCCCCUGUUGUUACACACAGAGCGGGCUGAGGGCGGGCGGUUGGAGCUCGCGCACGGCGGCGACGGCGCGCUGUCCCCGCUGCAGCCCACCCCGGACCUGCACCACGCUCCCCUGUUGUUACACACAGAGCCCCGAGGCGCGGCGUUGGAGUUGAUGCCGCAGCACGCGCGGGCGGCGUUGCCACACCAUCACCGGCGGAGCGCGCUGGGCGCGGGGGGCGGCGCGCUGGCCGCGCUCCCCGCGCUGGCGCCGGCGCGCCCCUACGUGCGCCACGCGCCCCGCUGGCCGCACCAGCACCAGCACCAGCUGCACAUACACGCGCAGAGCGGCGCCGGCGGAGGCGCGGGCGCGGGCUCGGGCGUGGGCUCGGGCUCCGGCGUGGGACUCAUCACGGCCGUCUCGCACGUGCCGCAGCUGCACGUGCCGCUGCCACCGCCGCCGCCCACCUACCAGGUGUUCCUGAACCUCCUGGCGAUGUUCCCGCUGUCGCCGUACGCGGAGGCGCGCGCCGGCGGCAGCGAGGCCGGCGACUCGCCCGAGACCGAGAACUACGAGGCCCUGCUCUCCCUCGCCGAGCGCCUCGGCGAGGCCAAGCCGCGCGGCCUCGCGCGACACGAGAUCGACCAGCUGCCCAGCUACAAGUUCUGUCAGCAGACGCACCAGGGCGAGCAGACGUCGUGCGUCGUGUGUAUGUGCGAGUUCGAGGCGCGGCAGACACUACGUGUGCUGCCGUGCGCGCACGAGUUCCACGCCAAGUGCGUGGACAAGUGGCUCCGGGUCAGUACAUUACUAUACAUUACAACUGUCUCACCGUGCGUCGUGUGUGCGAGUUCGAGGCGCGGCAGACACUACGUGUGCUGCCGUGCGCGCACGAGUUCCACGCCAAGUGCGUGGACAAGUGGCUCCGGGUCAGUACAUUACUAUACAUUACAACUGUCUCACCGUGCGUCGUGUGUGCGAGUUCGAGGCGCGGCAGACACUACGUGUGCUGCCGUGCGCGCACGAGUUCCACGCCAAGUGCGUGGACAAGUGGCUCCGGGUCAGUACAUUACUAUACAUUACAACUGUCUCACCGUGCGUCGUGUGUGCGAGUUCGAGGCGCGGCAGACACUACGUGUGCUGCCGUGCGCGCACGAGUUCCACGCUAAGUGCGUGGACAAGUGGCUCCGGUUCGAGGCGCGGCAGACACUACGUGUGCUGCCGUGCGCGCACGAGUUCCACGCCAAGUGCGUGGACAAGUGGCUCCGGUUCGAGGCGCGGCAGACACUACGUGUGCUGCCGUGCGCGCACGAGUUCCACGCCAAGUGCGUGGACAAGUGGCUCCGGUUCGAGGCGCGGCAGACACUACGUGUGCUGCCGUGCGCGCACGAGUUCCACGCCAAGUGCGUGGACAAGUGGCUCCGGUUCGAGGCGCGGCAGACACUACGUGUGCUGCCGUGCGCGCACGAGUUCCACGCUAAGUGCGUGGACAAGUGGCUCCGGUUCGAGGCGCGGCAGACACUACGUGUGCUGCCGUGCGCGCACGAGUUCCACGCCAAGUGCGUGGACAAGUGGCUCCGGUUCGAGGCGCGGCAGACACUGCGUGUGCUGCCGUGCGCGCACGAGUUCCACGCCAAGUGCGUGGACAAGUGGCUCCGGUUCGAGGCGCGGCAGGCACUACGUGUGCUGCCGUGCGCGCACGAGUUCCACGCUAAGUGCGUGGACAAGUGGCUCCGGUUCGAGGCGCGGCAGACACUACGUGUGCUGCCGUGCGCGCACGAGUUCCACGCCAAGUGCGUGGACAAGUGGCUCCGGUUCGAGGCGCGACAGACACUACGUGUGCCGCUGUGCGCGCACGAGUUCCACGCCAAGUGCGUGGACAAGUGGCUCCGGUUCGAGGCGCGGCAGACACUACGUGUGCUGCCGUGCGCGCACGAGUUCCACGCCAAGUGCGUGGACAAGUGGCUCCGGGUCAGUACAUUACUAUACAUUACAACUGUCUAG